UCCCCGCUGCCCGUGGGAAGCUCCAUGGAUUUGUUACAUUGCAUUGAACUGAUGGUAUGCAGUCGCCGCGGGAAUAGCAUCCAUCAAGUGAUCUCCAGCAUCCUAGACACAGACCAGCGAGCCGCUCCGACCGUGCUGACCAAGCACCUCGUCACUGACUCGUAGCUGCAUGGCCGGCCAGCACAAUGGAAGAGGAUUUGGGGGUGCCACUGUUUUAGCAACAACAGGUCGUAUGGAUAAUCCUGUCACAGCCGAGCCAGACGAGUUUCCCUCUGUCGUCGGUGUCGGUGAAGAUGAUUAGAGCGCCGCUGUCUGCUCACGGGGCUUGAUGAAGAUGCAAAGAGCCGUGUGGGAGCUGGGCUUCUCGUCCCGAAAACAACGAUUGACAGGGAAGCGUUAACCAGCGCGGAGCAGGUAGACUGUGGCUGGCUCCAUCAGGAUGGAAAUUGAUGCACGUUUCCGCUACUAUUUCCAGCACCCCUGGUCUCGUUUGUUCGUGGCGUACCUCGUGACGUUCUGCAACUUCCUCAUCUUCGCAGAGGACCCCAUCUCCCACAGUCAGACUGAGGCCCACAUGAUCGUGGUGGGCCACUGUUUCUCCUUUGUGGUGAGCAAGUACCCAGGCGGAGGAUGGAAUGUCUUCAAAGUGCUGCUAUGGAUUCUGGCCAUCAUCACUGGCCUGUUUGCUGGGAAGUUUAUAUUCCACCGGCGGCUCUUUGGUCGAUAUCUGCGUCUGAAAAUGUUUCGCGAGGAUCACGGCUCCUGGAUGACCAUGUUCUUCAGCACCAUCCUCUUCCUCUUCAUCUUCUCACACAUCUACAACCUGGUCCUGCUGGUGGCAGGGAGCAUGGGGCCAUACAUGGUGACAGAGUACAUGGGGAUCAGAAACGAGAGCUUCAUGAAGAUCGCCGCGGUCGGGACGUGGAUGGGAGACUUUGUCACGGCUUGGAUGGUAACUGACAUGAUGCUGCAGGAUCAGCACUACCCAGACUGGGGCAAAGCUGCCAGAAGGUUCUGGAAACAAGGAAACAACAGGAUUGUCCUCUUCUGGACAGUGCUGAUCUCCCUGACAUCUGUGGUGGUGUUGGUCAUCAGCACAGACUGGAUCAGCUGGGACAACCUGAACCGGGGCUUCCUGCCUAGCGACGAGGUCUCCAGGGCCUUCCUGGCCUCCUUCAUCCUGGUGUUUGACCUACUCAUUGUCAUGCAGGAUUGGGAGUUCCCUCAAUUCAUGGGUGACCUGGACAUGAACCUGCCAGGAAUGUCCACCACACAGCUGAAGUUCAAGCUGCCAGUCUGCAAGAGCAUCUUCAAAGAGGAGUACCAUAUCCACAUCACAGGUAAAUGGUUUAACUACGGUAUCAUCUUCCUCGUCCUGGUCCUAGACCUGAACAUGUGGAAGAACCAGAUCUUCUACAAGCCCUACGAGUACGGCCAGUACGUGGGCCCUGGCGAGAAGAUCUACACUGUGGAGGAGCCUGACACGCUGAGCACCUUCAACCGGAGCACGCUCACCUACAGGUGGCGCUCCAAUAACGUGGACCCCCUCACCAACCUCACCUACGUCCAGCGGGACAUGUUCCUCCACAGCCGCUACGUAGGAGCCAGCCUGGACAUCAAGUGUCUGGCCUUCAUCCCCAGCCUGGCCGCCUUCGUCCUCUUCGGCUUCUUCAUCUGGUUGCUGGGGCGCUUCCAGGACAGUGAGACGUUCCCGGAGAGCCAGGACAAGACGUACGAGCGGAUCAAGAGGAAGUCGCCGUCGGAAUACAGCAAGGAGAUGGGGCUCACGCCCGAGGAGGUGAACAUAUCCAUGAGCGACACAAGGAGGCGCUCGGCCACGCCCAUGCUGCUCUCGGUGGACGGGGCCCAUUUCGGGACGACCCCUUCCACGAACUCCACCUCCCCGGUCUCCAUGGAGACGCAGGAGACACACCCCAGUGUCGGUGUCGACAGUGCGGCGCAGGGCGAGCCAGCCGUGUCUUUUGAUGUCAGCGAACCGUCACCGUGACCUUACGACCUUUUAGAUAAAUAACCACGAUGAAGGACCAGUCGAGAGAGGGGGAGGGAGAGACAAGAUGAACUGUUUUCGCUCCCAGACCCUUGUCUGAGGGAUUAUUGAAGCCAACUCUGACCGAGCAGAGAGGCCACUAAGAGGAGGAUUGAUUAGAAGGGAGACCUCGUGAACUACACUCUUAGCCUGUGUUUGCUCGUGAAGAUGGCCACCCGGACUUUUGGGAAGUAAACCACUACCCAGAUAGCUUUUGUUUUGUUGUUUUUUUACAUUUUGUAAAGAUCUCUAACUUUGCACCACGAUGGCAAACCGCCCUUUUAAUUCUGGACUUCAAAGCCUUUUUUGUCAACAUGGUGCUCACGCUAUAUUCUUGUGUUUUUCUAUUUUAAGGUGUCUUUAUCAUUGUAAACUAUUUUUGUGCCUACAUGGGAGAAGUAUUUGUAGAUAGUGGAUCCAUGACUGUGGUCAUGGCUACUAUAUUGUAUUCCAGUAUUGCUACAGUAUUACAGCAACAGCGUGCCUUGAUAUCUCAUGCCCAGAAAUGGACAGCAACAUAUUUAAACAGUCUAUAACUUUGGAAAGCAAGCGGAAGAUGUCGAUAUUUCGAUAAAUAUCUCAUUUUAUUUCAAUGUUUUUACACAAGGACAAUGUUUACCCCGUGUUUAUCCAGAUAAUAGGUCUGAUUUUAGCAUUAUUAUUGUUUUAUUGUUAUUUUUCUUGAAGCUUCUCACUUUCCUUAAUUGUGUGUUUCUUCUCCUUCUUCACUUGAAAGAAGUGGCUGCAUUGUGAAGCGUCAACAUACAACAGACCAAUUUUAUAUUAUAGACGAUAUAAUCAAUUGUUACCGGCACAACCAUUUUGGAUCAAGUAACAAUCUGUUCAUUUAUUUAUUACAUGUCAUUUCACAGGGAUUGAACUCAGAUAUGGGCAAAUAGUAGAUUUGCCCUUAAUACAAAUCAGUUUUUGUUGUACAGGUAAAAGAAGUACGCCAAAACAAACUUCAACACCUCAACCAUAGCUCCAAGUUUUAGCUUCACUGCCGGCCCCUAUUUGUUGCAAAGAUUAGGUUAAUAGUUUUAGAGGGACACGUGAUAAGAUUGUGACAUGACUGCAUUUUUACAUACAGCUGACACACAAAACUGAGAUUUUUCUAUGUUCUUUGAGUAUCACUAUAUACUGAUAUACUAUAUAUAUAUCAGUAUUUAUAUCACAUACACUGUAAAGAUAAAGAAGUGUAACCGUGUUCUGUCACUGAAGUGUUCGGAGAGAUGAUUCUGCAAAGAUCGCUCAACUGUGCACAAUGCCUUGGAUGUGUGUGUGUGUGUAUGCACAUAUGUUUGUGCUUGUAUGUGAGUGUGAGAGCAUGUGUUUGAUCACCACAUUGUGUGUUUUGAGAGAAAGAUAGACACCCAUUCUGUGAAGAGGUCAAUCUAUUUAGCAUACCUGGCUUGUGCUCCUUGGUUCAGUAAACUAAUCCCUCUUGACAUAUAACAGGCAUACACAUUGCUAUAUGGGGCAGUGUUGGAAGAAGAUACAGAACCACAUUUCACUGGAGUGAUCUUAUGAUAUGUUUGUAAUGUAUUGUGCUUGGGUUGAAAAUGAAUGUUCCCUCUUCUCGCACUGUUGAAUUGCAUACCCGAUGGAUGAUUUGCAUCUUUAUAUUUGUUUUUUUCUUCUAAAUGAAAUGAUAGCUCUUUUCAUUGUGUCUGCCUAGUGUUGUAUGCUUGUCUGAUAACAUGAAACAAAAAUAAAAAUGU